CCACUUCCGGCGGGGUGAUGGGGUCGCGGCGGUGGCUGCCGCCGCUAGCGGGAGGGAGGGCGCGCAGAAGCCGCCGCUGUCGCCGCCCUGAGGCCGGGUGCUGUGGCACCGCCACUUAGCGCUGCUGCCGCGGCGGCAGGUUGAUUUUAUUGGUGGAUAGAGAAGAAUGAUGGCGGGCAAUAACCAGAUUUGCAUUCGACGUUGGACUACCAUGAAUGUGGCCAAGUGGCUGAAAGAAGAAGGCUUCUGUGAAUAUGUGGAUGUUUUGUGCAAUAGACAUAGGCUAGAUGGAAUUACACUGCUGACGCUUACAGAGUAUGAUUUACGAUCCCCUCCUUUGGAAAUCAAAAUCCUGGGGGAUAUCAAAAGACUAAUGUUGUCCAUACGAAAACUACAAAAGCAACAUAUUGAUGUCCUGGAAGAGCUGGGUUACAACAGUGAUGGUCAUGUUGGCACAGUGUGCCCAAAUAUUGGCUCACUGCAGAGUGCAGAUUGGUUUUGUAAUGGUGAAGUACCUCGGGACUAUGAUGGACCAAUUACUGACUUGAAUGGUGAUCAGUAUCAAUAUACAAAUGGCAAAAACAAACACUCCACUCGAAGACUGGACCCAGAAUAUUGGAAGACAAUUUUAAGUUGUGUGUAUGUUUUCAUAGUGUUUGGCUUUACAUCAUUUGUUAUGGUUAUAGUACAUGAGCGCGUACCUGACAUGCAAACAUAUCCUCCUCUACCAGACAUAUUUCUAGAUAGUGUUCCUAGGAUACCAUGGGCUUUUGCUAUGACUGAAGUAUGUGGUGUAAUUCUUUGCUACAUUUGGCUAUUGGUUCUUCUGCUUCACAAACACAGGUCUAUACUUCUGCGAAGGCUGUGCAGCCUCAUGGGGACAGUGUUCUUAUUACGCUGCAUUACAAUGUUUGUUACCUCCCUCUCUGUGCCAGGACAGCACUUGCAGUGUACUGGAAAGUUGUAUGGCAAUGUUUGGGCAAAACUCCAGCGGGCGUUUGCAAUAUGGAGUGGCUUUGGAAUGACUCUGACUGGAGUACAUACAUGUGGAGAUUAUAUGUUCAGUGGCCACACUGUUGUCCUGACCAUGCUCAACUUCUUUGUCACAGAAUAUACACCAAGGAGCUGGAACUUCUUGCACACCUUGUCAUGGGUCCUGAAUCUCUUUGGAAUCUUCUUCAUUUUGGCUGCACAUGAACAUUAUUCUAUAGAUGUCUUCAUUGCCUUUUACAUCACUACAAGACUCUUUUUGUAUUACCAUACACUAGCUAAUACCAGAGCGUAUCAACAGAGUAGGAGAGCAAGGAUCUGGUUUCCAAUGUUUUCUUUUUUUGAAUGCAAUGUUAAUGGUACUGUUCCCAAUGAAUAUUGCUGGCCCUUUUCAAAACCUACUAUACUGAAAAGAUUGAUUGGCUGAAGAGUAUGUGGGUCAAUUCGGAUUUCUAUGAAGAGUCAUAACUAAGAUCCUACAAGGCUAGCUGGGGGAUAAUGUAACAUUUUUCACUCUGAUCUCCUCUUCCUUGUCUUGUUUCUUAGAUUAUUAGCCAUAAAAUGGGGUUCCCAUACUUCACAGGGAUAUGUUUUGAGUUUUUGUUGCUAAAAUACAAAAAACAGUGCAGGGGCUAGUAAAGGCUAUCAGGGAACCAUGAAUAUAAAGCGGAAUGCUAUUACCCAUAGUAAGGUUCUAUGUGAAUGUUUAUGUAGCUUUAACCUCAAAUGUGUGCUUGUUCAGAAUAGAAUUAUACACUUUACAGAUCCAAAUCUCCUUUACCUAAGGUGCUAGCCUGACUAAAAAAUUAGAACUUGAUAAAGACUUCCUUUUAAAAGUCAUAAAUGUAAUUUUCAAAACCAUCUCUGUUCGAGGAGUGCUGUGUCACAAUGAAGAAAACAGUGUAGUUCCUUGCCAAAAGGGCCUCUGAACUGUUAAAUAACAAGUCUUAAAGUAUAGUUGACAGUAUAAAUGGUCUGCAUACAGGUUGCCAAAAUGAAAGUCUGUCUUGUGGCUAUGCAAUGAUGAUUUUUAAAAAUUUUUUUUAAUGAGAGCUUAUUUAGUCUAGUCUAUCAGUUGUUGAUAACAGUUGUUCCAGCACUUGAAGUUUUCCCUUUUGAGUUUAAAUAAACGAGUUAAAGUAACUGUUACAUCCAAUGAAAGUAGUUAAUUUAGCUUUAGCGAGUGUAAAGCCACAAAAUAACUUUUGAGUGGUUUUAAUUGCUUUAUACCCCAACCUGUGCAUGUUUUUUGGAGCAGCUCUUUAACACUGAAAAAAACUGAACAAUUGCCUUCAUAUAUUUUAUUGUCCCAUAAAUGGGUGGGGAAGAUGCAUGUAGUAACUUUUUCAGGAAAAGUAACAAUAGUGAGUAUUGGAAAUAGUGCACAUGUUGAUGUAUGUUUUAGCAUUCUGAUGUUAACAAUAUGGUGAAUAUCUCUGUAUAUACAUACACAGUAUAUUUGUUAAUAUGUAUAAACACACAUUACAACAAGUAUGGGAAGAGACCAAUUCUUAAACUAAGUUGCUCAUUCACUACACUGAAUGAUAACAGUACUAUAAGCAGUUGGAUUUUGGUUGUUAAAAAAAAGAAACCAAAAAAAAAAAACCAACACCACCAAACCACAACAGAAAUCCACAAAACACUCCCCAAACCAACACUUUCAGUUCAUAAUGCGUAAGCAAGGGUUGCAUGGUGAUCUCUUACG